CUGAGAUCCUUGUCUGAAAGUUUAAAAAUCCAGUAAACAUUAAUAUUAUCCAAACAACGCUGUACGUAAAGGUACACAGCAAGAAAGUGCUGUUGGCUGUGGCAACGUUGCGACGAAUUCAGGACACCUAAUGUGCAUGUGCAUAUGAAGUUGGAAAUGUAAAUCUGAAGUUUCGAAAGGAAACAAAUAUUAAAAGAAAGUGUUGUGAAUGUUUCUGUUUUUGGCAUUUAUCAGUGGGAUUUUGUGAAUUGUGUAGGUUUAAAGAAAAAGUUGAAGACAUUGCUGUUGCUUCUCCAUUUUAUUAACUGUAAACAUCGACGUGGGUGCUUACGUACCAAACGUUGUUUACUUGUAGUAUGUAUUUUGAAAUUUGGUUUAUUUUCCUCACAUAAUUCUAACUAACAGUUUAUAAUGUAGUGGACAGAAACAAUUUGGACAAAUUUAGAAUAUAUCUUCACAGUUGUAGCAGUUUCCCUGACUGCAACCAAACACCUUUCUUAAUUUGUGGCUUUCCUCAUUACAAAUAAUAUACUAAGAAUAAAUUAACUUCAAGCAAAGACAAAUAUUGCCCUGGAUGUAAGUAAUUGGUUUAAACUUCGAUUUCAUCACGUGGUGACCAUUCCAUUGGAAUAUGGCGGAAGCCCAUGCGGCUGUUGCGUUUUCCUUUUCAAUCACCCAUGAAGGAUGGGAUGUGAAUUUGGAUCGAGAAGUUUUGCACUUGGUAUGGCAAAGUGGAGUUCGAUCUUGGAAAAAGCGAAUUGCCAGACUAUUGAACAAUGUCCAUAAUGGCAUAUACCCUGGACACUACAGCUAUCUAUGUGUGAUAAUAGCAUUAGUUUCUGCCAUGCAUCUAAACGGAUUACAAGUGCCUUUGAAUUUACCUCCGAAACUUUUGACUUUAUGUCCUUCGCAAACCAUAUAUUGGCAGUUGGGCGCGUGUACUUUAUCGUCUCUUAGCUACUGGCUUUCAGCAGUGUAUUUCCUCCGUUAUUCUUUGAAAAUGCUUUUUAUGUACAAGGGAUGGAUGUACGAGGCUCAAAAUAAGUCUCCAUCCCUGCUUACCAAACUGUGGCUUAGUGCCGUUAAAGUUUUGGGCGGCUGGAACACGCCGAAACUCUAUAGUUAUCAGAGUUCUUUGCCACGAUUGCCGCUUCCUUCUCUACAUGAUACAAUGGAAAGGUAUUUGAGAAGUGUUCGUCCGUUGCUUGAUGAUUCAAUGUAUUCGAAAAUGGUUAAACUCGCAGCUGAAUUUGAAAAUGGUAUAGGGAAAAAGCUGCAACGAUACCUGCUUUUGAAAUCCUGGUGGUCCUCGAAUUACGUUUCUGAUUGGUGGGAGGAAUACGUUUACUUAAGGGGACGUUAUCCGUUGAUGAUCAAUUCAAAUUUUUAUGGAAUCGAUGCUAUCAUGUUGCAUCCAACGACAAAUCAGGCAGCCAGAGCUGGUUCAAUAAUUAAUUCUCUGUUAAUGUUCAGAAGAUUACUGGAUAGACAAGAAUUGGAUCCUAUAUUGAUACAAGGACUGGUGCCACUUUGUUCGUGGCAGUAUGAGAGAAUAUUCAACACAACUCGAAUUCCUGGUGAAGAAGCCGAUAAAAUAAUGCAUUUUCGCGACAGCAGCCACAUAGCAGUAUACCAUAAAGGGCGAUAUUUUAAAGUGUUCAUAUACCACAGAGGACGAAUUCUAAAACCUCCAGAAAUUCAAAUGCAGAUUGAACAGAUCUUGAAAGAUCAGUCCGAGCCCCAACCUGGAGAAGAAAAAUUAGCUGCUCUAACUGCUGGAAUCAGAACACAGUGGGCUUAUGUGCGAAAUAAGCACUUUGCUAAAGGUGUUAAUAAAGCCGCAUUGGAUGCUAUUGAGAAAUCGGCUUUUGUGGUCGUUUUGGACGACUUUCCGUAUGAAUUUGACAUGAAUGAUCCUUCUAAAUUGGACAGGUAUGGUAAAGUAUUACUGCAUGGACGUGGCUAUGACCGAUGGUUUGAUAAAUCAUUUACACUAUGUAUAGGUACUAAUGGAAGAUUAGGUUUUAAUGCAGAACAUUCUUGGGCAGAUGCAGCUGUGGUGUCCCACCUAUGGGAAUGGGUGAUUACAGAAGAAUCAUACGAUCCCCGAUUUGAUCCAAAUGGGAAUACACUGGGUAAUCCAGAAUUUACCCCUCCACCACCAUGCAGAUUAAGUUGGGACAUAAAAUUUGACUGCCAAAAUUCAAUAGAAGCCAGUUUGUAUGUAGCCAACACUCUUAUAGAAGACAUUGAUCUUAGAAUAUAUGUCCACGAUCGCUACGGAAAAGGAUUCAUGAAAGGAUGCCGGCUAAGUCCAGAUGCCUACAUCCAAAUGGCUCUUCAGCUAGCUUACUAUAGGGACGGUGGCAAGUUCUGCUUGACUUAUGAGGCUACAAUGACUAGACUGUACCGAGAAGGACGGACGGAAACAGUACGACCUUGUACUGUAGAAUCUUCAACUUGGGUCAAAGCUAUGGAAGAUAAAAACACCAGUUUAGAAGAAAAAAUUCGAUUGCUUAGAAAAGCUUGUGAAACUCAUCAAAAAGCCAUCAAAGACGCAAUGUGUGGCAAAGGGAUGGACCGGCACAUUUUCUGUUUAUAUGUGGUGUCUAAAUAUCUGAAAGUUCAAUCGCCGUUCAUAAAAGAGGUUUUGAGUGAACCUUGGCGAUUGUCUACCUCACAAACUCCUCACGGUCAAACGAAGAGAAUGGAUUUAAAAAAACAUCCGAAAUGUAUAUCUGCUGGGGGAGGUUUUGGGCCGGUUGCAGAUGAUGGUUAUGGUGUCUCUUACAUUAUAGCUGGAGAAGAUUUGCUGUUUUUUCAUAUUUCAAAUAAGAAAAGCUGCCCAACGACGGACUGUCAUAGAUUUGCCAGGAAAAUAGAACAGGCAUUAACUGACAUGCAGGAACUUUACACAGAAUACAAUCAAGCAGCAAAGAUGUAGUAUUUUUAAUAUUUUAAUAUUUACUUAUCUGAUCAACCCUAAAAUCGAAACGGUGUGGUGUUAAAAGUAUUUCUUGAUUGGAUUGAACUGUAAAACUGUUUUGUCAGGCCAUUAAGAAUCUUGAACUGAACCGUAUAAAUAUGUAUUAUUUGAGUUGAUAUCAAGAACAAAAUUAGUUUCAAUUGAAGUUUCAACAAUGCAUUGACAUGUUGUUUGACUGUUAUGUUAGUUUUCCUUUUAUUAUAAAUAUUUUGUAAAGAUCUAGUAAGACAAAAAUACAUUUUUAACAAAA